UGGGCCGAGUCCUGCCGCGCUGAGGGGGGCGGCGAUGGCUCUGGCGCUGCGCCUGCUGCUGCUGGGGGCUGUAGCCCUGCAGGGGGGCAACUCCCGCCUGCACUCCAGGCGCAUAUUGGACACGGUGGUGUCGGAGCCCGGCCCGGGGCUGCCCUGGUUCAGACGUGUUGUGUACAUUGAUGAUCAGGUCAACUACAUCUACACCAGCGAGAUGCAGAGGGCAGAGCCCCGCCCAAUGUGGAUGGCGCAGAACGAGGAUCCGGAGUUCUGGCACGUGAGGACCUGGCGUGCACGGCGCUUCCAGAAAUGGUACAACGCGAGUCUGAACGCUCUGGGUCAGCUCUACAACCAGAGCGAGGGGUUUCACAUUAUCCAGACGAUAUACGGCUGUGAUCUCCGGGAAGACAACGUCUUUCAGGGAUUUCACCAGGAUUCAUAUGAUGGACGAGACUUUCUUACCUUCGAUAAGGAGACCAUGACUUGGGUAGCAGCAGAUAUUGGGGCUCAGAUCACCAAGAGGAGCUGGCAUGCUGAAGUAUUUGACAACCAGCAGUGGAAACGCUACCUGGAGGAGGAUUGUAUUCCCUGGCUAAGGAAUGCUCUAGAGUACGGGAAGGAGACGCUACAGAGGAAAGUGCGCCCAACAGCCAGAGUGAGUGACAGGUCAUCUUAUGACGGCCUCACCACCCUCUCCUGUAAGGUCAGUGGGUUCUACCCCCGUGACAUCACCGUGACCUGGCUGAAAAAUGGGGAGAGCAGGCAGCAGGAGACCUACUCUGAAGGCAUCCUACCCAAUGGGGACGGGACCUACCAGACCUGGGUGACAAUGGAGAUUGAUCCCAAGAUCAAAGCCCAUUAUUCAUGUCACGUGGAGCAUGAAAGCCUGUUAGAGCCACUCUCUGUCUCCUGGGAACCAAAUAACAAUCUGAUUCCCAUUGUGGCUGGAGUUAUCACUGCACUGAUAGGUGUUAUAAUUGGAGUAGUCGUCUGGAAAAAGAGAUGCCCAGGGAGGAAGGGAGACGGCUACGCUGUAGCUCAGGCAAGUGACCAAGGAUCUAGUGGCUGUGACGUAUCUGCCAGGGCUUAACAGAGCCUGUUGGAGUCUGUGCCACAACCUGAGGGGAUCCCAGAGAGGACAAUUGAUGAGCUCUGCUCUGUCUCCCGACAAGAAUCAAUCAACCUCUCCCUAGCUUUUCUCUGGCACUUGGAGCGUCCUGUGUGGGAUUUCUAGGCUCAUCUAUCUGUUCACUGAACCACUUUUUACUUUUCAGAUGUAAUAGAUUCUGUAAUAAUGUUUUAUUUGCACAAAAUAAUUUCAAAAAUUUUAAUGGAUAAAAACUCUUUUAGUAGGAGUUUAGUACUUGCUACAUUUAGUGUGUGCACUCAGUGCUCUGUGCUGUGGUGUUUGCACACCCUGUACAGUACGCUAGAUAUGUGAGCAGUAACUGCUUGUGUGUAUGUGGUGGGGAUGUAUUUUUUUUCUGUAGAAUUUCAUGAUUAUAACAUGGUAAAUUGCCUGGUCUACUCGCAGCUGGUAGUGCUGUUGCCAUCAUCAGCUGAGGACAUCUGUUGGACAGGAAUAAGUGUCUGUGUUUAGUUUAUAAGAGCCUCUAAUGUCCUUUUCACCAUUCAUAGAGUCAGAGAAAUGCUGCGCUAGAAGUGACCUCAAGAGGUCAUCAAGUCCAACCCCUGAUCUCAGGCAACACCAUGGAAACCUAGACCAUCCCUGACAGGUGUUUGUCCAACCUGUUCUUAAAAACCUCCAAUGACGGGGAUUCCACAUCCUCUCUAGGCAACCUGUGUGAUGAAGUGGGAUAUUUUCCUAACGUCGCGUAUGUAUCCUGUGUGUGCCUCAGUUUCCCCCAAGACACUACAAGAAGGAUG